AUGUCUGAAUCUUUUGUUUCUCUCGUACUAAGUAUGAUUACUAUCGUAAUGACUAAUCACAGAAAAACUAGCUUGUUUCAUGACAAUCUAAAUCUAACAACUCACGUUGCCUAUUACUGGGUAAACAAUCCAAUCUUUAAAAAUUCUGCUUCAAAGAAAAGCGAUAUUGAAAGAUCAAAAAGUAACGUUACCAUGGAUGCGUUAUCCAGUUAUUCCCGUGGUAUCUUUUUUGACCUUCUAACUAAAAUGAUCUGCGAGCCGCGCUUUCGUAGA